UUAUAUAUCUAUAUACAACUAUUCAAUGACAAUAACUCAAGAGAAAUUUAACCAAUUGGAAACACUCCCAUUUACUGAUACUAAAUUUGUACGUAAUCAAUCUAUUGAUCCAAUUGUGUUCACCCUUGCCAAGGAUCCUUCUAAAAUAGUCACACUUUUAUGCGCAACUAGUCAUGAACAAGUUCCUCGUGAAUUAAUAGAUGUAUUACAUGAAGAAUACAAUUACGUUAUAGAAGAGGGUAGAACUUAUCCUUAUCAUGAACCAUUUGAUUAUGAUCAUUUUGUGGAAUCUUGGUUUACUUCAGCAGUAUUUAUUUUAAUUGAAGGUGAUUACUCUGAUGGAUUUGCAAACCCCGAGUUAAAGAAUAAACUGGUUGAAUUUUGGAAAGAAAAACUCCUUGGGAAUUUUUAUGUUAAACCAAAUUAUACCGGUAGAUGCUCUCAUGUAUGUAAUGGAGGAUUCAUCGUCAAUCAUUCCAAAAGAGGUUUGGGUUUAGGGAAAGAAUUGGGGAAACAAUAUUUGAUUGUUGCUCCACAAUUAGGUUUCGUUUAUUCUGUAUUUAAUUUAGUAUUUGAAACAAAUGUGGCAAGUUCUAAAAUUUGGGAUAGUUUAGGAUUUGAAAAAAUUGGUUUUGUUAAAAAUGUUGCCGUUUUAAAAGGUGAAAAUAAGUUAGUUGGGGCUAUAAUGUAUGGAAAAGAUCUUGUAUAAUAAAAAUAGACUAGACAGUAAUAUACACGGAUUGUUCUUCUUCUUUUAUAGAUAUUUAAGUCACUAAUGAAACCUCUAUUUAUUUCUU